AUGAGUUACAGUAAAAAAGAUGAAGAUGGCGACAUGGCCAUCAUGCGUGUAGAUAGAACUUCUGUCUUUCAAGAAGCUCGAUUGUUUAACUCUUCCCCUAUACAACCUCGAAGAUGUCGUGUUCUCCUUACGAAGAUUGCGCUUUUAUUAUACACCGGCGAGAAAUUUCCUACGAACGAAGCCACUACCCUUUUCUUUGGUAUUUCGAAGCUGUUCCAAAAUAAAGAUGCCAGCCUGCGGCAGAUGGUUCACCUCAUCAUUAAGGAAUUGGCGCAUUCCGCGGAGGAUAUUAUUAUGGUCACAAGUACAAUAAUGAAAGAUACUGGUGGUGGGACAGAUGCAAUUUACAGACCCAAUGCUAUUCGGGCUUUGUGCCGUAUCAUUGAUGCCUCCACAGUCCAAAGCAUUGAACGAGUAAUGAAGACCGCAAUUGUCGACAAGAACCCUUCCGUAUCUUCUGCUGCCCUGAUAUCCUCUUACCACCUUUUGCCUAUAGCCCGCGAUGUGGUUCGGAGAUGGCAGAGCGAAACACAAGAAGCUGCAACGGCGACAAAAUCCUCGGGUGGCUUCUCCUUAGGUUUCUCAACUUCUAGUAGCCAAAUGCCGGUAAACAACUCAACAAUGACACAAUAUCAUGCGAUAGGACUUUUAUAUCAAAUGAGGAUGCACGACAGGAUGGCAUUAGUUAAGAUGGUUCAGCAAUUUGGGGCAGCAGGUGCUGUAAAGAGUCCAGCCGCGACUGUCAUGCUCGUCCGAUUGGCAGCGCAGCUGGCAGAAGAGGAUCAACAACUUCGGAAACCAAUGAUGCAACUCUUGGAUGGCUGGCUCCGACACAAGAGCGAGAUGGUUAACUUCGAGGCCGCCAAAGCCAUUUGCGACAUGCGAGACGUUACAGAUGCUGAAGUCACCCAAGCAAUUCAUGUUUUGCAACUUUUCCUUACCUCACCAAGAGCUGUCACCAAAUUUGCUGCAAUUCGCAUACUUCACAACUUUGCCUCUUUCAAGCCUCAAGCUGUCCACCCUUGCAAUCCAGACAUUGAACUCCUUAUCUCGAACUCCAACAGAUCAAUUGCUACCUUUGCCAUUACCACACUUUUGAAGACGGGCAACGAAGCCAGUGUGGACCGAUUGAUGAAGCAAAUCUCAGGAUUUAUGGCAGAUAUUACCGACGAGUUCAAGAUUACAAUUGUGGAAGCCAUCCGUACUCUCUGCCUUAAGUUCCCCAACAAACAAGCUGGCAUGUUAGCAUUCCUCAGUGGUAUACUACGCGACGAGGGAGGAUACGAGUUCAAGCGCGCCGUAGUGGAAAGCAUGUUUGAUUUGAUUAAGUUUGUUCCGGAGUCGAAGGAAGACGCUUUGGCACACCUUUGCGAAUUCAUUGAAGAUUGUGAAUUCACCAAGCUAGCUGUCCGCAUCCUUCAUCUCCUAGGGUUGGAAGGUCCAAAAACAUCUCAACCUACCAAGUACAUACGAUAUAUCUACAACAGAGUAGUCCUUGAAAAUGCUAUUGUACGGGCUGCGGCAGUCACAGCGUUAGCCAAAUUUGGCGUUGGGCAGAAAGAUCCAGAAGUCAAGCGCAGUGUUACCGUUCUCCUCACCAGAUGCUUGGAUGAUGUCGAUGAUGAAGUUCGUGACCGUGCUGCGUUGAACUUGAGAUUGAUGUCAGAGUCCGAUGAUACAGCAGAUCGUUUUAUCAAGAAUGAAAACACCUUUGCUUUACCAUACCUUGAACAUCAGCUUGUUAUGUACGUCACAGCUGAUGAUAAAUCAACAUUUGAUAAUCCUUUCGAUAUUGCAUCAGUUCCAAUUGUUACCAAGGAGCAAGCAGACGCUGAGGAGCGAACCAAGAAGCUCACGACCGUAACACCAACAAUCAAGGCUCCCAAAUCUGGCCCCACCAAAGCUUCACCAUCUGGUGCCGAAGCUGUUGCUUCUGCUUCUGCAACAGCCCAAAAGUAUGCCCAGGAAUUACUCAAGAUUCCAGAGUUCAAGCCAUAUGGUGCUGUAUUGAAAUCUUCUCUUGUCGUCGAAUUGACUGAAUCGGAGACCGAGUAUGUCGUUACCGUCGUCAAGCAUAUUUUCAAGGAGCAUAUUGUUCUUCAAUACGAGGUUAAGAAUACUUUACCGGAUACCGUUCUUGAAGAGGUAUCGGUGGUCGCUACUCCAACUGAUGAAGAGGAGCUCGAGGAAGAUUUCAUUAUCCCGGCCACUAAGCUUGUAACCGAUGAGCCAGGUACCAUUUAUGUAUCUUUCAAGAAGACUAGUGGCGAGGCCGCUUUCCCUUCAAGCAGCUUCACGAACGUCCUGAAAUUUACCACGAAAGAAAUCGAUCCAACAACUGGCGAGCCUGAAGAAACCGGUUAUGAUGAUGAGUAUCAGGUUGAGGAUCUUGAACUUACUGGUAGCGACUAUGUUGUCCCUGCUUUUGCCGGUAACUUCAAUCACAUCUGGGAGCAAGUGGGUGCUUCCGGCGAGGAAGCUGAAGAGACACUUCAAUUAAGUGGUGUGAAGAGUAUAGCAGAUGCUACUGAACAACUUACUAAAACACUCUCACUACAACCGCUCGAUGGCACGGAUGUGCCGAUUAACACGACUACUCACACUUUGAAGUUAUUUGUAAGUCAGGAGUCACAAGUAAAAUUGUGGUUCGUGGUGAAGAAGAAGGGAUUGCAGCUUUGGUUAUUGGGUCUGUUGCUUAGGGGUUAG